CCCUCUCCCCGUCGCACACAGCUGCAGAGCCCCCCUCGGCUCGCUCAGUCAACUCACCCGCGGGUCCUCCGGCUCCGCUACAUAUACAACGCGCCUCUUUACAGGCCGCCCGUGCCCCAUUCCAACCCCACUUCACUCGUCUGUCACUCGGAAGGGAAGAGGCGUCCCCGCGCGGGCAGCAGCUAGCUAGCUCUCGCGACAACAUGGCUCGGCCACGCGCCGGCGCCGGGCUGCUCGUGGCUCUCCUCGCAUUCGUCGUCGCCGCUGCUGCCGCCGCCGGCGGCGGCGGACGGAAGAUGGCCUCCCACGGCGAGGGCACGGAUCUCAAAGCAUCUCCCGGCGCGCCGGCGCCGGCGGGCGGCUCGGCUGCCCAGUUCCGCGGCCAGGCGCGGCUCCCGCGCUUCGCCACGCCGCGCCGCUACGAGCUCCGCCUUCGCCCAGACCUCGUCGCUUGCACCUUCACCGGCUCAGUGGCCAUCGCCGUUGUCGUCUCCGCGCCCACCCGCUUCCUCGUGCUCAACGCCGCCGACCUCUCCGUCAACCGCGCCUCCAUCCGCUUCCAGAGUUUGGCGCCCACGGAGGUGGUGUUCUUCAAGGACGACGAUGUAUUGGUGUUCGGGUUCAGCAAGCAGCUGCCGCUUGGCGAGGGCGUGCUCCAGAUGGACUACAACGGAACUCUCAACGAUCAGAUGAGAGGCUUCUAUAGGAGUAAGUACCAGUAUAAGGGGAAGGAGAGAAACAUGGCGGUGACACAGUUUGAAUCUGUGGAUGCACGGCGAUGCUUUCCCUGUUGGGACGAGCCUGCAUUCAAGGCUAAGUUCAAGUUGACAGUUGAAGUUCCAUCUGACUUGGUAGCACUGUCCAACAUGCCUGUAGCUAACUCAACAUUUGCUGGUCCUAUCAAGACAGUUAGUUUCCGGGAAUCACCACUUAUGUCAACUUAUUUACUGGCCGUAGUCGUUGGUUUGUUUGAUUAUGUAGAGGGUAUGACAUCAAAAGGCACGAGAGUUCGUGUGUACACUCAGAUUGGUAAGAGUAACCAAGGGAAGUUUGCACUAGAUGUUGCAGUGAAAUCGUUGGAUCUAUAUAAAGAUUACUUUGACACUGCUUACCCACUUCCCAAGUUGGAUAUGAUUGCCAUCCCUGAUUUCUCUGCUGGAGCCAUGGAGAACUAUGGAUUGGUCACUUACCGGGAAGUAGCUUUGCUUUUUGACGACAAGUCUUCGUCAGAAUCCAGCAAACAAAAUAUCGCAAUUACUGUGGCACAUGAAUUGGCUCAUCAAUGGUUUGGCAAUCUUGUAACCAUGGAAUGGUGGACUCACUUGUGGCUGAAUGAGGGAUUUGCUACAUGGAUGAGCCAUCUGGCAGUAGAUUCCUUUUUUCCACAAUGGAACAUUUGGACGCAGUUUCUCGAUGGCACAACCACUGCUCUCAAAUUGGACGCGUUAUCAGAGUCUCAUCCUAUUGAGGUUGAAAUACACCAUGCCAGUGAAGUCGAUCAGAUUUUUGAUGCCAUUAGCUACGAGAAGGGUGCUUCUGUUAUUCGCAUGCUACAAAGUUACCUUGGUGCAGAGCGUUUUCAGAAAGCGUUGGCUUCAUAUAUGAAGAAAUUUGCAUACUCAAAUGCUAAAACCGAGGACCUGUGGGCUGUUCUUGAAAAGGAAACUGGCGAACCUGUCAAGGAUUUGAUGACUACAUGGACAAAGCAGAAAGGGUAUCCUGUUAUUAAUGCAAAAAUUAAAGGGAAUGACAUGGAAAUUGAGCAGGCCCAGUUUUUGUCAGAUGGAUCCUCUGGCCCUGGCACGUGGAUUGUCCCCAUAACUUCAGGCUGUGGUUAUGAUACACAGAAAAAGUUCUUAUUGAAACUUAAACGUGAUAAGAUGGUCAUUCCUUCACAAUGUAGUGACCGUAAGAAGGGUGGCAACUUUUGGACUAAGUUGAAUAUAAAUGGGACUGGAUUUUAUAGGGUUAAAUAUGAUGACGAACUAGCAGCUGCACUUCUAAAUGCAUUGGAGGCCAAGAAGCUUUCAUUAAUGGAUAGAAUUGGAGUCGUGGACGACUCACAUGCGCUUUCUAUGGCCCGCCAGCAAACAAUGGCGUCAUUGCUACGUUUACUGUAUGCUUAUCGUGGGGAAACUGAUUACAGUGUUCUUUCACACGUCAACUCUGUAACUGUAAGUGUUGCCAGAAUAUCAGUUGAUGCUACUCCUAGCUUGGCUGGUGACAUCAAACAACUUUUGAUCAAGAUUCUUCUGCCAACUGCUGAAAAGUUAGGCUGGGACCCCAAGAAAGGUGAGAGCCACCUGGAUGCAAUGCUUAGACCACUGCUUUUGACUGCCCUUGUCCAACUUGGACAUGGCAAGACCAUUAAUGAAGGAAUUAGGCGCUUUAACAUCUUCUUACGUGAUCGCAAUACUCCCCUUCUUCCUCCGGAUACCAGAAAGACUGCAUACCUCUCUGUAAUGCAGAAUGUUAGUAGCUCAAACAGAUCUGGUUAUGAUGCUCUUCGAAAAGUCUACAGGGAGUCAGCUGAAGGGGAGGAAAGGUUAAAUGUCUUAGGCAUAUUACCUUCUUGCAGGGAUAAGGGUAUCGUCCUUGAGUCACUGAAUUUUAUUUUCACUGAUGAGGUCCGCAAUCAAGAUGCAUAUAUUCUCCUCAGAGGUGUUCAAAUAGAGGCACGUGAAAUUGCAUGGAACUGGUUAAAGGAAAACUGGGAGCGUAUCUCAAAGAUAUUCUCAACAAGCUCACUAUUGGGGGAUUUUGUCAAAACUGUUGUUCCAUUGUUCACCUCCAAUGAGAAGGCAGCAGAAAUCUCCAAGUUCUUUGCAACCCGCACAAAGCCAGGAUUCGAGAGGACGCUGAAGCAGAGCCUCGAGAACAUACGGAUCGGGGCGAGAUGGAUCGAGGGCAUCAGGAGUGAGCCCAAGCUUGCACAGACGGUGCGUGAGCUCCUGGGAAAGCCCUGACGUGCUGCUGCUGCUGCUAGAGUGCUAUGUUGGCGAUGACGCACCUUUACAGUGUAACCUGGAGGCUGUUUGGCGGUGGUACAUUUGGUGGUUGGCAAUAACAGGCAUUGGUGCAUUGUCAUUCCUCAAAAAUGCCCCUCGCCAUGAUCCUUGAGGUGAGAAUUGGGAGCCAUCUGGUGCCAUCAUUUAGCCGAAAUACUGUUAUGAAGGCUUGAAUCUCUAGGAUCUAAACAGCACACCUGGUCUUGGACCACCGGACUAUGCCCAUGAGACAUGAUUUAGGUCUCAGUCUUAUCGGGACACUACAGCAUGCAGCCAGUUUGUUAACUUAGCUCCUUCUUUUAAAUGGUCAUUGGAUAAGCCUCGUGUAAUUCAUCAAUGCACAUUGUGUUUCACAACAUAUUGACGGUCUCCAGUUCGUGCCAAUCUCCCAAGACAAGGAUUGUGGUUUGUGUAUGGUGUUGAUCUCAAAGAGAAACUGACUAUGUUAGGAACACUGACUAUAUAUUUGUGCAUUAUCAGAGGAUUGUAUAGCUACUGAGGACGCCCCUAAUGUCUCAGUGUAAAAGUUGUGCACUCUUCUACUAGCAAUUCUUUACUCUC